GACUGAUAAGUUAUCAGUGAUAACUACUUAUCUUACUAUUAAAUUCCAUCAUUUCGAAAUUUUUUGAAAUUUUGCUACAUGGUGGAAAACACUUAGCAAGAAUUGCAAUGCAGUUUGCAUGUUUUUUGUCCUUUCCUUUAGACUGAUAACUACUUAUCUUACUAUUAAAUUUAAACUAUUUUGAAAUUUUUGAAAUUUAAUUAAUUUGAGCUAUUAAAAUUAAUUUUAUCCAAGGGGACAUCAAAUGUCGACAAUGUGAUAAACGAGUGUUAUAAUCUGAAAAAUAAAAUUGGAAUGACAUCGAUUUUAUUUCCAAAUGUUUCGCAAAAAUAAUUUCACACCACAAUUUUAAAUAACUCAAAAUGUUCCGAGAUGACACUUUCAUGACGCAAUUGAAAUACUGGAGAAGUUAUAAACCCGAAGAAGAGUUGUAUGUUCGCCUUAAGGAAAAUCCAGUGUGGCCCUUCAAAUCCAUCGGGGACGGAUAUUUUUACGUCUCUUUUAGAAGUGACAGGUACUUAAGAGUCGAGUAUGGAAUUGCAGUUAUCGCCUUAACUUUGUUCUUUUUGGUAAUAACGAUGGUAUUCCUGGGACCCUUUUCCAUGGCCUUUGCCGCCUUCAGCACCUCUUUCAUCAUCGGCUGUUGGACCCUGCAUGGAAAAUUUGCUUGGAGAGAGUUGAUAGUUUCCAGGAGAGGAAAAGGCAAAUACAUCGUGCGUGUAUUUCAAAAUGAAGAGAUUCUCUUUCAAAGUGAGAUCAGAAAUGUGUAUAUUCGACUCAUCAGGAAGAUUGAUGCUUUGGGGGAUCCAUAUUUUUCCCUGAUUUUGGGAGGGUAUGAAAUUGAUGAUCACCGCAUCACACGAAUGACCAAGGCUGAAGGCCCCUUGAGAAUUAUGGGAAUGCGAAUCGCGUCUCGCGUCGGGAUCAACUUUUUUGAUUGGAAAGAUGAAUCUGAAGAACACCUUAUCUGGCAUUUCAAAACGUAUUCCAAAAUUCGAUACAAGACCGACGCACAAAUCAUGUUUCAAAAAUCUUCCACCAAUUUGCACUCGAUAGUGUCCCAAGCUCAACCCGAAUUGGAGGAGGAUACCGACCGGAAGAAGGUGAAAGUAGUGAAGACGGUGAAAAUUAAUAAUUAACAAAGCAAAAAAUGAAUUUGUAACGGGAAGAAACCCGAAUUAAAAUUUUACAAAUUAAACAAAUUUCUAAAAUACUGCAGAUAAAACAUUUACUACAACAUGUA